AUGUUGAGAUCUUCUACAUUAUCAAAAAGGCUGUUUGCAAGGUCAGCUUUAAAUCUCGCAAAUAAUGGUAAGCCCCAGAAUCCACCAAUAGAUACAACAAUUGAAUUAAAAAUUGCACCUAUUGUUCGUACUGGCGAAACUGCCGAUAUUAAACGUGCAAGAUUGGUCUAUCAAUCACGAAAGAGAGGAAUACUAGAAAGUGAUUUGUUGUUGAGUAGAUUUGCCAAAAAGUAUCUCAACAAAAUGACGCACGAAGAAUUAGACGAAUAUGACAAACUAUUAGAUGAAGCUGAUUGGGAUAUUUAUUAUUGGGCAACAAAGAACUUUGAUGUAACUCCUUUGCCUGACAAGUGGAAAGAUUCAAAGAUCUUAAAGUUGUUACAGGAAGAAGCUGAAAACAAAGAGCGUGUCAUUUUGAGAAUGCCUGAACUAGAUGAAAGUGAUUUCCUUAAACCUAAGGACUAA